AAGGGCUAAUUGCGCUGCAGUCUUGCAGCUGUGCCGUUAGCCAUGGCGCUAGCAUGCUAGGAUGCUAGCAGCCGUUUUAAGGUGACGCGGCAGCGAAUUUGUUUAACUGUUUCGUGUUUGGCUGCUUUAUGCUAACGUUUUACACUCGCUGACAACAAAUUACGGGUUUCCACCCAGUGACGGGUUUACUAGGAGGACCUUUAGCCUAGGAAAAGAGUUUUAACACUGUUGCUAACUUGGUAAAGUUCAGCUUCGUGGCUUUCUGUAACUACCGAUGCAGCUGAUUAACAAAGCCAGACCCAUGUCCAUGAUUUGGGUGUGAACAACUUGGGACACAAUGUCUCUCGUGCUGAUAUCCUUCCUUCUCAUUUUUGUGCUGGGGAUUGUGUUAUGCAUCAUUGCCAGGUGGCUCAUCUGUACUUUGGCUGUGCGUCUCUUCCAGACUGCACUGAAUGCAGAGCUGAAGAUCAAAUCAGUUGGACUGUUUUCGGUCCAAGGGAUUAAGAUCCAGUUUCACCCUCAGCACACUCUGGAAAUUGACAGAAUAUGGAUUUCAAGUAAAUUUCUCAACCAAGAUUUGCCGAGAUGCUUGGCUUUGUGUGUUGGUGACACAAGAAUUAGGUUUGACCUUCAAGCACCUUUGCGUUCUCUGGUGAAAGCUGGCCAUGGAAAGAAGUCAAAGAAGAUUUCACCCAAGACUCUGCGCUUUCUGUCUCAGCUGUUGUCCUUCCACGUCAGCUCAGUCAAUGUCAUGGUGUUAAACCUGGCGCUUUCAGAGUCUUUGUGGCACAUGACUCUCACAGGGAUCACCCUGUUACUCGAUCAUCAGAGUAAAAAGUUAGGAUGGAACUUCUCAGUGGGGCAGCUGAGCAGUAAAGUGCUCAAAAGCAGUGAAUUGGACAUAUGUUUGGCUGAAUUGGCCCUGAGCCUGCUACUGUCCGGGGAUGUAAGCCUACCAGAGAUGAAACCAGGAUCUCUGUCCCUGAAUGUGAGGACGCUUGUAGCAGAGCUGCAUGAGGGGCUGUUCCUCAGCCAGCUGUUGCUGCCCCCCAACAUCGCCCACAAGAAGCUAGAGCAUCCUGGAUCUGAGUGGGAAAAUGACAAAUUCAUCCAGACUGAAGCUGUUGACCAGUUUCACCGACUGCUUCCUCACAAAGUCAAUGUGGAAUUUGAUAAUACGAACAUAAUCCUGUCCAUGCACAGCCAGAAACGACAUUUGAACUGGACUCUGAAGUCUCUGAAGAUGGUUUAUGGGCGUGACGAUGAGCAGCAUCCACUGAAAAGCUUCACCCCUGAGCUGAGCUUCCCUCAGAGCAGCCUGGAGCUCCUUCUUGAGGAUGGGCUGCUUCUUUCUCAAAGCAGGCAGAGAAUUUUGUGUGUGAACAGUCUGAAGACAGUCCUGCAGGUUACCUCGAUCGACAUUAGUGGGUCAUUUACAGUCAACACCUGCAUUGUUCACUAUCGUCACCAGGAGUUUUCCCAUUGGUUAAAUCUAUUCCCAUGGCAACAGCUUUUACACAGGAAGGCGGCACACAGGAAAAGUCCGUUAGAUUAUUUUCCCAUCCUCGUUUUUGUCAGACGCCUCCCUCACCUGGAUGCCCCUGUGAGGAUCUCCUCCAGCGUGUCCAACAUCAACGUGUCCGUCCAGCUGGGAGACACAACACCUUUCGCUCUUGGCUUCAUCUCUGCUAAUGCAGAGCUGCAACAUCUUCUCGACUUCAAAAGCGACAAAGAGAGGUCAGAGUCUCAGAACCUGCACCAACGAGCUUCGCUGAGCCUGGAAAACUUCUGGUGGAGAGUUGGUCAAGGUUCUCACAUCCAACAGGCACCUCACCCACCUGGUAAACAUGUCUGGGGUGAAGCCCUGAUCCUAGACACCUUGAGUAUUCAGGGAAGUUUCAACCGACCGCUGUCAGAGUCCACUAGCCAGUCUCCGAGCCUGAGCGUGGAGUCCAACCUGAGGGGUCUUCAGGUGGAGCUUUCGGAGACGUGUGCCCUGUGUCUCUCCCGCCUGAUGUCUCUGAUGUGUUUACGUCCUGAAACGGAGCCACAGCUGUCAGAUGUAGCUGCAACGUCUCCCUCUAGUGACCAAACCAUCCAGCAGAACUCUUCCUCACAGUUGCAUCUACUCUUCAAACUGGACUGUUGUCUGGAGGAUGUUAAUGUCUUCACGCUCUCCACCGUGGCAGGAGCUGUGUCUCUGCGGAUGGACACAGUCAGCGCCCUGACGUCUGCUGAAAGCUCCAGAGUGAUCCUCCUUGGCAUGAGCUUGUCUGUGGUUAAAACUGUGACAGAAAACAUGGAAACAUGCUGCCCCGCCUCCCAAACCAUCAACCCAGUAGUCAAACUCACAGCAAUUACCAUCUGGUACCAAGUUACCACCCACACCUUACAGGUUGAUUGUGAGGAGGAGCUCGCUGUCGACUGGGCUCCACCAGACCACAUGGUCCUAUAUCAACACAUGACUGAAGCUCAGGCUUGUUGGUGUUUACUUUUCGGAGAGAAAAGAGAGGAAAAGGCCAGUAAAGCUGUAGCCGUGCCAGCUCAGACCAGAAGCUUGUCUAUUCGUGUUGAAAUGGGAUCUACGCGUUUAACAGCCCACGUCAGUGAGAAGAACUACAUUCUACUGCACACAGAUGCCCUUUCGGUCGCAAAGCACGCCACCUCCAUGCACAUAAGCUCCCCAUUGUUGAUCUUCAAUUUUGACGGCAACAACAUUGUCUCCUUUAACGGUUUGGACGUGGAAACCAACGACGAGCCGACUGAAAUGCAGCUGCACAGAGACGCGUUUCCUUUUCUGACCACUCCUCAAAACCGCGUCUGGGUCUUUUCUUGUCCCUCCUUAUCUGUCGAGUUCCCCUACCAGUACAACUUCUCAAAAACCUUUGACAUGGCCAUUAGUGUGCAGAAGUGGUUGAAGACGCUCCACCGUCUCCCAGGACGGGCCUCCUCAGUGCAAUGUCUGCCUCCUGAUCUCUUGUUUAAAAUCAGCCAGUUCUCCUUCGUUUUCCUGGAUGACGUCUUUGAGAUCAAGCUGCGAGACAACUACGAGCUCAUGAAGGAUGAGAGUAAAGAAAGUGCGAAGCGUCUGCAGCUUCUGGACAAAAAGGUGGCAGACCUGCGAAAGCAGCACGGAGAACUUCUGCCUGCCAGAAAGAUCGAGGAGCUUUACAGUUCACUGGAAAAGAAGCACAUAGAGAUCUACAUCCAGCGCUCACGCCGCCUCUAUGCAAACACACCCAUGAGAAAGUCCCUGCUGACCUGGACCGUGUCGGAUUUUGAGCUGGUAGUGCUAGCUGAUGAAUCCUUUCAUGGGCCGGAGAAGGUGAUAGAGCAGCUGAGAGACAUUGACAGGAUUAGUCCUUUCCCCAGAGAGGGUCUCCCACUGGUGGUUCAGUGGUGUCGGGCUGUCAAGUUUAAACUAGCUGCAUUCCUGGUGAGAAUCCGGGACUACCCUCGUUACCUCUUUGAGAUCCGGGAAUGGGAGCUGUCAGGGCGUCUGAUUGGGACAGAGCAGGAUGGACAGGCGAGAGCUCAUCGCAAAGAGACGGUCCCGCUCGGUCCACCAUGGGGAGACGUGACAGUCCACCGGAAUAUGCCUCCUCUAAAGUUCUACUAUGAUUUCAAAUCCAACAUCUCUCUGUACACCAUUGUGUGGGGGCCAUGUUGGGACCCCGCCUGGACUCUGAUUGGCCAGUCUGUGGACCUGCUAACCAAACCCACCGUUGACCCCUCUCCACUACUGGCCUGGUGGGACAAAAGUCGUCUCCUCCUUCAUGGACGCUGGGCCAUGAACAUUGAACAUGCCAAUCUCCACCAGCUAGCCACAGAGGACCCAUAUAACACUACUGAGAACCUGCACUGGGAGUGGAACAAGCUGAACUUUGACUGGAACCCUGGACAGUUUAUUUUUAAAGGGAAUUUGGAUGUAAAUGUCAGAACAGCAUCGAAGUAUGAUGAUAUCCGUUUUCUGCAACUGCCCAACCUGUGUAUGACCCUUGACCUCCAGUGGCUAUGCCAUGGCAACCCCUAUGACCACCACGCUGUCAUGCUCUGCUGUGCGGAGAACAUCGCAGACGUGACGUCAGGACAGCCUCAUGACUCCUACAGAGCCUUUCGCUCAGAGAACCUUAACCUCUCCAUCACUAUGGACCUUAACCAGCACUCUUCAUCCGAAUGCUCCCAGCCUAAAGUCCUGCUGUACAGCAGCACUCUGCGCUGGAUGCAAAACUUCUGGGCUACCUGGACAAGCGUUUCCCGACCAAUCUGCAGAGGCAAGCUGUUCCACAGCCUCAGGCCAAUCCGCAAGAAGCUUGGUCAGCACUACAAACAGAUGUCCUACACAGCUGCCUUCCCACAACUACAGGUGGAUUACUGGGCUUCCUUUGCCCAGCAAAGAGGAAUCCAGUUGGAGUGUAACAGAGGGGAGGUCUUUACUCGUGGGGAGCAGAGACUCAUCCCUCAGGCUGGAACUGUGAUGCGGCGGCUGAUCUCAGAAUGGAACGUAACUCAGAUGGUCAGUGAACUGUCUCAGGUUACCGUUCACCUGAUGGCCUCCACCUGGGAUGAAAAUGCCGACCACCAGAUGAACGCUCAGGUGAAGAAGACUCAUCUGCUCAGCCUCUCAUCCCUUAGCUACCAGAGACAGAGCAACCGGAUGGAGGAGGAAGUGGACAUAAAGGAUGAAUCAAACGCCUCUUAUACUCACAAACUACGCCUGGUAGACCUGCGUGCCUCCUGGACAACCGUGAACAGAAACAUAGCCUUUGGGCUGUAUGAUGGUUAUAAAAAGGCUUCUGUUCUGAAGAGAAAUCUCUCCACUGAAGCUCUGAAGGGUCUGAAGAUCGACACACAGCUGCAGACCAAGAAGCUCAAACGCUCUCCUUCUUACCACUCUCCUACGACUGCUCCAGUCACAGUCAUUCCCACUGUCAGUCGAGCAGAAAAAAGCCUAAACGAAGGAACCUUAAUGCUACAGAAGCUGAUUGAGGAAACUGACAAGUUCAUGGUGUUUUCAGAGGAGGACUCUGGUGUGAGUGACCAGCUGUGUGGCAUCGCAGCCUGUCAGACUGAUGAUGUGUACAACCGCAACUGGUUUAUUGAGCUGGUUAACGGUCAGAUGAUGUUGCGUGGCACAGAGACGGCAGGCUGUGUGCUGGUGUCUGCAGCCAAGGCUCAGCUGCUGCAGUGUGAACACCACCCUGCCUGGUACAACGACACCCUGAAGCAGAAAACCACCUGGACGUGCCUGCUGGACGGUAUGCAGUACUUUGCCACCAUGGAGCUGAAUCCUUCAGAGGGAGAGGACCGGCAGCUGUGGCUGGAGGUGAAAAACAUUGAGGAGCACAGGCAACGUAACCUGGAUGCCGUGUUGGAGCUGGUGGAGGGUGGCCAGGCGGUGGGAGGAAUGGUUAGCACCACUACAGACUGGAACCAGCCAUCUCAGGUGAACGAGUCUCAGCAGGUUCAACGUAUCAUAUCACGCUGCAGCUGCCGGAUGCAUUACAUCAGUUAUAGCCAUGACAUCAACCCUGAACUGGCCACUCAGAUCAAACCACCAGAGAUGAGGAAUAACCACGAGAAAGAGGACCUGCUAAAUAAGCAGGCUGGUGCCGUGGAAACUUUCACUCUCAUCCACCAUGACCUGGAGAUUUCUACUAACCCGGAUCAGUACGCCAUGAUCCUGGACAUUGUCAACAACCUGCUUUUACACGUAGAGCCCAGGCGCAAGGAGCACAGUGAGAAAAAGCAGCGUGUGCGGUUCCAGCUGGAGAUUUCUAGUAACCCAGAGGAGCAGCGAAGCAGCAUCUUGCAUCUGCAGGAAGCGGUCAGGCAGCAUCUUGCUCAGAUCAGAUGCCUCGAGAAACAAAUUUACUCCAACAUCAGGGCUCAAAACGAGGAGCAGAGCAGCGACGAGCUGAUGGAGAUCAACAUACGCCUGCAGAACCAGCUGAACCAGGAGAAAAACGACAUGCAGAUGAAGAGCGAAGAGCUCAACAUCCUCAUCAGAUGUUUUAAAGACUUCCAGCUGCAAAGAGCAAACAAGCUGGAGCUGCGUAAGCCUCCAGAGGACGUGAGCGUGGCAAGGAGGACAGAGAUCUACUUUGCUCAGGCUCGCUGGUGUUUGACUGAAGAGGACGGGCAGCUUGGCAUUGCUGAGCUGGAGCUGCAGAGAUUCAUGUACAGCAAGCUGAACAAGUCUGAUGACACAGCGGAGCAUCUGCUGGAGCUCGGGUGGUUCACCAUGAACAACCUGCUGCCAAAUGCAGCUUACAAGGUGGUGCUACGUCCCCAGAAUAACUGCCAGUCAGGGCGCCAGUUUGCUCUCCGUAUCUUCAGCAAAGUGCGCCCCCCGGUGGGAGGAAUCUCUGUGAAGGAGCACUUUGAGGUGAACGUGGUUCCUCUCACCAUCCAGCUCAUGUAUCAGUUCUUUAAACGGAUGAUGGGCUUUUUCUUCCCAGGACGAAACGUUGAGGAGGAAGAGGUCACUGAUGAGGAGGACAAGUCUAAAAUGGUUACUACUGGUAUCGCUGUCAAACCUCGUCCUCUGUCAGAGGACACCAUGGGUGCAAUGGGCCCCAGUAAAAGUGUCACCCAGGGACUGAACCGCACUGCUGGGGUCAGGAGGUCAUUCAGGAAGCCUCCAGAGCAUCCAGUUGAUGACCUUGACAAGAUGAAGGAGCGCGCUGCGAUGAACAACUCCUUCAUCUACAUUAAGAUUCCCCAAGUGCCUUUGUGUGUCAGCUACAAGGGAGAAAAGAGCAGUGUGGACUGGAAAGACCUGAACCUCGUGUUGCCUUGUUUGGAAUAUCACAACAACACCUGGACGUGGCUUGACUUUGCCAUGGCAGUAAAAAGGGACAGUCGGAAAGCACUUGUAGCGCAGAUGAUAAAGGAGAAGCUGCGUCUGAAGCCGGCCUCAGGCUCAGACCUGCGUGGAAAAGCACCUGAAGGGAAGUCCGACAACAACCAGCAGCAGCAACAGGAAGAAGAUGAGAAGGCACGGCUCCUCAUCGGCCUCAGCACUUCAGACAAGAGCUCCAGCAAGAAGAGUAUCUUUAGUCGACGCAAGUGAACAAACAAAUGGUUCUAUGUUUACACCAGACGUUCCUUCUUUUACGGAUAACAAUGAAAAAGGAAGAAGCAUUUCCAGUUUUUCUGGAGGAAAUGCAGUAAGCCUGCUGAUCUUGUUUUUAAAGUUCCACCAAGAAUUCAAGACAUCUCCAGGGUUCCUUAGGUGCCGUUUUGACCAAAUAUGUGUUUGCUUGUGUUUGCAUGCCAUUAAAUUAGCCUCAGCAUUUCAGAAACUCUGGAAAUAAGGACGACUGUGGUCAGAUUGAAUGUAGCGAGGAAGACUUACAGCAUGUAGCUUCUCUGUCAGGGUUUCCACACUUUGCUUCUCGUCAUCCUCUUCCUGCUGGCUCAGGAACAUGAAGGUUCAAUCGGAAUUAACUGAAAGCACCUUCAAUGCUGUAUACAGAUUAGGAUUAUUAAAUGUUAAAAAGAAUAUGUUUUAUCACUUAAGGAAUCUUGUUGUGGCUAUAUGACUGUUGCUCAGACAGGAAGGCCGUUUUCACUCUAGAUGUCUUCUAUUUUACCUUCUGCGUGUUAUUUUACUGUACCUCACCUCAGUGCAAUUGAUCAAGAACAAGAAGUGUUCAUGUUGUAAAAUGUGCCACUUGAUGUGUUGAGUAAACAAUGUUGCAGCUAACUACUGAGUGUGUGUUGUGUAAUUUUAACACUGGAGCACUUUUCAGCUAAAGAAUUUGAUAUUUUUGUAAUCACGUUUGUUUUCUGUUGAAAUAAAGCUGCUUCUGGCAUUUGAUUUAUACGAUUAAAGGAGAGUAAUCAGCAGCUGCACAUUUCAGUGGCUUAUUGUUUAUCUGUCAAUAAAAGUGUUAAUAAAAAGG